AUGUCGUCGACGGUGACGGUGAUAGAGCCGUCCAGAUGGAAGAAUCUUCCACCGCCCCCAGGAUUCGGUGUGUCGAGUACUUCGUCUAAGGCUACAAGCAAGGCGCCGGCAUCUACAACAGCAUCAUAUGAAACACUGAAGAGCAAGCGGGCAUGGGACUUUGCUAUUUCUCCUGCAAAGUCGCUCCCAAUGCAGGGGUUCAUGCUCUACAUGUCUGGGGGCGGUGUCCAAAUAUUCAGUAUGGGGAUUGUAUUCAUGUUGCUCAGUAGCCCUUUCAAGAAUCUCGCGGGAAUCAACACUGGUUAG